UGUCAAUCAAUCUUCAAGAAAAAAAAAAGAUAUUACAAAAAAGCCUUGAAAUGUAUAAUACAACUUCGUUUCCUUUGUAUAUCACUUUAUUAUAUGUACACAACUUCUUCCCUGUGUAUGUAUAUCACUUUAUUGUUAUUAUAUGGAAUGUAGCUCCUGAAAGUUUAUAUACACAUAUUUAUAUAAAUGACAACAUGUAUAUACGCAUACAUACUUGUACACACACACACACUUUAAGAGCUUAUUAGCAUUCCAUUUCAUUUAUCGUAUACAAUGAAGUCGAAUCAGAAUUCCUCCUUAAUCAUAAUGUUCCUUAUAUAAAAUAUAUAAUGAAAAUUCUUAUAUUAGAAGGGAGUCAUACAAUAUAUUAAUAUAUAUUCAUA